AUGGUCUCUCGGGGGGCGGCCUGAGGAAUGAGCGGGGCCGGGGCCGGGGCCGGGGCCUCCCGCGGGCGGACUGUGCUGGCCGAGAAGGCCGUGUCUGAAGGCUACGCCCGGCUCCGGUACCGAGACACCGCGCUCCUGAUCUGGAGGCAGCAGCAGCUGGAGCUGGAGCGGCGGACGCUGGGCUCAGGCCCGGGCCCCGGACCCGACAGUUUCCUGGGCCGCAGCCACAGCGUGUGGUACCGACAAUUCGGUAAUCAGCCCAUCCUGGUCCGGGACAGGAGCAAACUGAGCCCGGGGACCUUCACCGGCACAGGCCUGACUCCAGACUCACGCCGCUCCCGCAUUUGCUCAUUGAUGUAAACCGGGUCAGAGAGCGGCGACCCCGGGACAGGGACCCGGGACCGACCCCGGGACACGGACACACGGACCCAGAACAACCCCGGGACAGGGACCCGGGACCGACCCCGGGACAGGGACCCGGGACCGACCCCGGGACACGGACACACGGACCCAGAACAACCCCGGGACAGGGACCCGGGACCGACCCCGGGACAGGGACCCGGGACCGACCCCGGGACACGGACACACGGACCCAGAACAACCCCGGGACCGACCCCGGGACAGGGACCCGGGACUGACCCCGGGACAGGGACCCGGGACCGACCCCGGGACACGGACACACGGACCCAGAACAACCCCGGGACAGGGACCCGGGACCGACCCCGGGACAGGGACCCGGGACCGACCCCGGGACACGGACACACGGACCCAGAACAACCCCGGGACACGGACCCGGGAACAACCCCGGGACCGACCCCGGGACAGGGACACGGACCCGGGACCGACCCCGGGACACGGACACACGGACCCGGUAACAACACCGGGACACGGACCCGGUAACGACCCCGGGACAGGGACCCGGGACAGGGACACACGGACCCAGAACAACCCCGGGACACGGACCCGGUAACGACCCCGGGACAGGGACCCGGUAACAACACCGGGACACGGACACACGGACCCAGAACAACCCCGGGACAGGGACCCGGUAACGACCCCGGGACAGGGACCCGGUAACAACACCGGGACAGGGACCCGGUAACAACACCGGGACAGGGACCCGGGACACGGACCCGGGACAGGGACCCGGUAACGACCCCGGGACAGGGACCCGGUAACGACCCUGGGACACGGACCCGGUAACAACACCGGGACACGGACCCGGGACAGGGACCCGGUAACGAUCCCGGGACACGGACCCGGUAACAACCCCGGGACAGGGACCCGGUAACGAUCCCGGGACACGGACCCGGUAACAACCCCGGGACACGGACCCGGUAACAACCCCGGGACACGGACCCAGGACAUGGACCCGGUAACGACCCCGGGACACGGACACACGGACCCAGUAACAACCGGAGGGACACGGACACACGGUCACAGGAACAACCGGAGGGACACGGACACACGGUCACAGGAACAACCGGAGGGACACGGACACACGGUCCCGGUAACAACCGGAGGGACACGGACACACGGUCCCGGGAACAACCGGAGGGACACGGACACACGGUCCCGGGAACAACCGGAGGGACACGGACACACGGUCCCGGGAACAACCGGAGGGACACGGACACACGGUCCGGGAACAACCGGAGGGACACGGACACACGGUCCCAGGAACAACCGGAGGGACACGGACACACGGUCCCGGUAACAACCGGAGGGACUCAUGGUCCCAGUAACAACCGGAGGGACACACGGACACGGUCCCGGUAACAACCGGAGGGUGGUGGGAGAGGAAGAUCGUCAUCCAAAUACAUUUCCAGGGAAAGUGCUUAGUGGUGCCACUCUCUAUGCUUUUUUCAUAAAAGUAAAAAUCCUCUGUUAGCGAAAACUAAUGUAGGUCUAUCGUUAAAGCAAAUUGGCCUAAAGCAAAUGUUCGAAAAAUGAGGGCAAUCUAUAACAACCUGAGCAACUCCCAGAGUAACACAUGGAUAGACAGUUCCAGUGACAACCGGAGCUAUACCAGAUCAAAUGCAAACAGCAAAUGCUGGAGAUCACUGGAUCAGGCAGCAUCUGUGGAGAGACAGCAAGUUAACGUUUCAAGUCUAAAUGACUUUUCACACCAGGAGUAAUACCAACAUUCAUUAUAGUUGGAGUAUUUAUGACUUAGUGCAGCUCUGCAACCAGAUGAGCACCAAAAAGACACAUCUGGAUCAAUAUUGCAAAUCACAAGGCACAUCCACAGUAUUUACAAAGUGACUCUCCUGGAUUAAUAGCUGGCAUAAAUCUGCUUGGAGACCAGGCCUAUGCAGAGAUCAUCACUCUCUCUGUACUCAUCCUGCCUGGAAUAGUCAUUGGUCGAUGCAUUUAUUUAAUUUAUUUAUUUAUUAACUGAUUUUAUUUAUUGAUCAAUGCCUGAGCUGGAAUGCAUGAGUGUUUUGGACUGAGCAGAAGAACAAAUCUGUAAUAGAACCCUUCUGGGAGAAUCAGGCCAGGAUUAUGAGAUUGUCUCCUAUCUUUCAGGAGUCUGCUGGCCACACAGGCAAUGAGACUGUAUUGAGCCAUACAGGACAAACUCUCUUCUGUGUAAAAAGUGACAGAAGUUAUGUGUUAGAGUAGAAUUACCAUAUUUAAAGCAUUGAAUUGUGCUAGCAUUACUCCUUACUGAGCAAGGCUUGCUUUUAAUUGACAAUUUUACUCAUACAGCAAUUUUCACAUUGACAAAACUGCCACAGAUAAUCCACAGCGAAUGAUUUCCAGCUUCUUCAGCAUUUGUGAUUUUUAAUAAUUCCACCAAAUACCUUCAGUUGCUUGUGCUGUUUGAUUCCCUCAUGAAGCUCUCUCCCUCCUUUAAGGAUUGUAUAACCUAAUAACUUAGUGUUUAAUAUUAAAUUUAUUUGAUUAAUUAUUGUCA